UAUAAAUUCCAUAGGUAGUUUUUUCCUUCCAAGAAAUCUCUUUAGCAAAAGAGAGGAGAGCUCUCUUUUUUAGACGAGGGAAACGCGCGCGCGAGAGGGAGAGAGAAUGAGAAGCGCUAGUGGCCGGCGCAAGCUCCAUCUCCAUCACGACUACUACGACGAUUACGAUCGAUCCAGGGCUUGCCGGCGAUGCUGCUGCAUUGGAUUCCUCCUCGUCGUCGUCCUAGCGGCGAUCGUCGCGCUCGUCCUCUUCCUCGUCCUGCGCCCCAGGCGGCCAGAUUUCUCCCUCCAGGACGCGCGCAUUGUCUCGUUUCGCGUCGAGCAGCCCGCGCCGCUCACCACUAGCGGCAUGGCGGUGCUGCUGUCCAUGGAUCUGGAGCUCACGCUGGCGGCGCACAAUCCCAACAAGGUCGGGAUCAGGUACUCGGCGACGCGGAUCUACAUCUACUACAGGCGGAAUUUCGUGGGAUUGGCGGUGGCUCCAGCGUUCUAUCAGCCGGCGCGCAGCAGCGGGCUCGUCCGGGCGUCGAUCGUCGUGGACAGGGUCAAUGUGCUCCAGGCGACGGCGGAGGAUCUGCUCCAGGACGCGGCCAGCGGGAUUGUGAAGCUGGAUCUGCGCGGGAAGAUCCCGGCGAGGAUCGUCGUGCUGGGAAUCCAGACGCCCCGGAUCGAGGUGGGGAUUUCUUGCGAGAUCGCUGUGAGCCCGCGGCAACAGCAGCUCGUGAGCAAGCAGUGCGGGGUGAAGAACGUUAAUCUCGACUAGGUAGACGUGUCAAAAAAAUUUAACUCAAUCUCGAGCUUAUAAAGGUCUCGCGUUCGAUUCCCAC